UAGGGGGAAUAUGUGCUGGCUUGCUUUUUAGCUGGCCAUGGAAUGCUACUUUGCACAGAUUCUUAGUUUGAGCAUGCUUAGAUUGUUAAUUGAGGCAAUUUGGGGAUGACUUGAUGUUUUAGAUGAGUAGUUGCGAGCAGCAAUAAUCGUGAGAGCGAUGUGUUUGUUUAUUGCGUGGACCGUGGAUGGUUAGCGUUGUGUGGGGCAACCCUAGGCUCUUGCCGUGCCACAGGAAGGAAGCUUGGAUGGUUGGGUGGUUGUCCUGCAGCCAUUUUACACGGUAGCCACAAACGCUGGUUUUCUGGGGCUAGUUCUUGUGGCAGUCAACUGCUUAUUGUUUAAAUUCGACAGCAGCGAUGCAAAAGGAAACAAGCUCUAGUGAUGUUUCUGCUUCCCAUGUAGGACGUGUUAGGCAUCGAAGACGUCCUAAUGAGGUUACCACUACAGGGAAUGGAGCAAAUGGACCGGCUUUGCUUGUCAGUGAUCAGAACAAAUACAAGUCAAUGCUUAUCCGUACAUAUUCUACUGUGUGGAUGAUUGGAGGCUUUGCGUUCCUAGUUUACAUGGGUCAUCUUUAUAUCUGGGCCAUGGUGGUUGGGAUUCAAAUAUUUAUGGCAACAGAACUGUUUAACCUACUCAGAAAAUCUAGUGAAGAGAAACAACUACCAGGGUUCAGGCUUCUGAAUUGGCACUUCUUUUUCACGGCAAUGUUGUUUACAUAUGGGCGUUUUCUUAGUCGGGAGCUUGUUAACACAGUAACUUCAGAUCACUUGUUGUAUAAGGCCGUGAGCGGCCUAAUAAAGUAUCAGAUGUUUAUUUGCUAUUUUCUUUACAUUGCAGGAUUUGUAUGGUUUAUUUUGACUCUGAAGAAAAAGACAUACAAGUAUCAGUUCAAGCAGUAUUCCUGGACACACAUGAUUCUUUUAACAGUUUUCGCACAGUCUUCUUUCACGGUGGCAAAUAUAUUUGAAGGGAUGUUCUGGUUUCUUCUUCCUGCUUCACUCAUUGUGAUCAAUGACAUUGCUGCGUAUUUAUUUGGGUUCUUUCUCGGCAGAACACCAUUGAUCAAGCUAUCUCCAAAGAAAACGUGGGAAGGUUUUAUUGGUGCAUCAGUGACAACUAUCAUAUCUGCUUUUCUGUUAGCAAAUUUAAUGGGUCGUUUCCAAUGGUUGACAUGCCCAAGAAAGGACCUGUCGACAGGGUGGCUCCGUUGUGAUCCUGGUCCAAUGUUUAAGCCAGAGCAUUAUUUUUUGGGAGAAUUGGUGCCUCAGUGGUUUCCAUGGAAAGAAGUUUUCCUUUUACCUGUGCAGUGGCAUGCUUUAGCCCUUGGUUUGUUUGCAUCAAUAAUAGCACCAUUUGGAGGAUUUUUUGCAAGUGGCUUCAAGAGGGCUUUUAAAAUAAAGGAUUUUGGUGACAGCAUACCUGGGCAUGGAGGAAUAACUGACAGAAUGGAUUGUCAAAUGGUUAUGGCAGUUUUUGCAUACAUAUAUCACCAGUCAUUUGUUUCACCCCACAAUUUCUCCGUCGAUACAAUCCUGGAUCAGAUCAUAAGAAACCUAACCUACGAGGAGCAGAAAUCCUUAUAUCAGCAACUUGGGGAGAUCUUCAAUGAAAGGCAGUUUAUGCAAAUAUGAGAACUGAUUUGCGUAUGAAGUACACAGUACGCUGCAUGUUUAAGCUCUCGGUUCAUUAUGUAACUCUAGAUUCAUGUACAGCAUCAUAGCUCCUCUGCACCGUCACGUCGUUUUCCAAACCAUUGUACAGAAUGGUGUCGAUAGUGCUUACUGUUACUGAUUGGGUGCUUGAUUCGCUCUCCAGUUAUGUUGCCUUUUUUUCUUCCAAAUAUUGAUUGGCUACGCUAAUUCUCUCCUGUUUAGUUUAUCAUCUGUACCCUUGUAAAAACCGCAGCUGAAAAGCUACAUUCGUGUACAUCACAUGGUUUGUUGGCCUCGCACCAAAUAUUUGGAGAAUGCACAUAAUGACACAGAA